AUGCACAGCUCAUCACAGUGCAGCAGGUCACGACAUAGAAGACCGCAGCCGAACCCAUCGACCAGGGAUCGAGGAAAGGCGAGGCAGCAUAAGCCCACUCCUCCAACCAGGACUCGGCUUCACCACGAUGCACACGGCAACGCGCACGAGUGCUGCGAGCAGCCCUGCAAUUAUGACGUCCGCAACGAGUUUCCCUGUUGCCGUCAACCAGCGUCGCAGUGUUCGAACGCCGGUCCUUUUCAGACUUGCAGCUCGGAGACGUACAGCGACCCGUGCGUGCACGAAGUUUGUGCACCGUCGCCCCAUCAACGUGCGGCAGUUCUGGAUGGUGCACCACUGGUAGCCGCUCCCAACGGUCCCGUCCCCGUCCUUGUAAGCGCUGCGCCAGUUGACCUGCCUGGCUCCGGCACUCUUUUCUGCGUCGUCGUCUUUCUUGCCGCGAUGUUCGUCGCAGCCGUAGUAGUCCAGGUAUACCUCAUGCACGUCAAAUCCUAUCAUGACUCCUUCCUGGCUAGAUUUCACGACUACGAAGGAGCCGACUCUCGGCAGCAUCGGACGCACACUUAUGCUGAGCGCGCAGAGAGCACCGGGGCGACCAGGCCGACUGUUCCCUGGAAGGUGAAUCCUCGAUCGGGCUCGAGGCCACACGACUCUUCCUCACGUCGUCCCCACGCUCACUGGAACACCACCAGAAGCAGUCAGACGGACGGCGAUAGAUCGUUCUUUGGAGGAAGCAAGCCAACAGCGCCGCCUCCGCCCCAGCUUCUUCGCGAUUACCCGCUGCUGCUUCCUCGCGACUACCAGGGCGAAAGCAAGGCGAUUUGCAUGUUCCACGCCACAGGAGCGGGUCGAAGGCGCAACGGCAUUCACUACAAGCCCUGGAAUUUCCCUUACCACCUCUGCACGCACGUCGUCUACUGCUGCGCUGGCGUCUCGGACGACUUGGAAGUGAUCUCGCGCCACGUCGACAUCGAUGUAACGCAGGGUUUCUUCGCGUCUUUCGCAGCCAUGAAAAUUAAAAACCCCUACCUGCGCGUGUACAUCGGCAUCGGCAGCGACGAUAAGGACCGCACGGCAUUCGCCAAGAUUGUUGCCAGCGUCGGAAUGCGGCAGCAGUUUGCCCAGAACGCGGUGACAUGGAUGCGCCGUGCGCAGUACGACGGCUUGGUCCUGUACUGGAGAUACCCUUUCAUGGAGCAGAAGGCGAAGCUCGUGGACACCAUGCGUUACCUGCGACAGGCGCUUCAUGGCAUGAGCCUGACUGUGGGCAUCGUGGUACCGCUGGACGAGAUGCUUCGCGAACGCUUCAACGUGUCCGAGUUGUCCAAGUCACUGGACGACUACACCAUCAUAAUCGAUCCCAUCGACACCCAGGGACCCUCGUACGACUCGACCUUCGUCCCUUUCAGGGACGGCACUGUGCGCAUGUACGCCGGCGUCUUUAUGAGCACGCUUCGAAGCAGCGGCGCUGGCGGAGACAAGACGAGCGACGGUCGCUUCCAGCUGUGUUACAUGUUUACGGUGAACGCCGUCUCGUUUACGCUGGAACGGGCUGACCAGACCGAGAUCAAUGCCCCUACCGUGGGCCCAGGGGAACCAGGCCCGAGCACCGAGACUCCGGGUUCCCUUUCGUACGACGAGGUCUGUUCCCAAAAGUGGGAUACCACGCGCCGUGUCAACUAUGGCAUCGUCUCGACGCGCGGCAACCAGUGGGUGGUGUACCAGAACCGGAGCUCAUUGUACGAACUUCUUAAGGCGUUAGGGUACGUCACCGGCCCCGCCAAGUGUUUCGGCAUCUGGGACCCAUUCUGGGACGACUUCGCGGGAGCUUGCGGGGAGGGCCCCUACCCACUGACGCGCGCCAUCUUCGCGAAAGUCGUGGGGCACAAGAUACCCUUCCAGAAGAAGCCAAAUCGCUGGAACUUACGAUGGUUUGCUACAAUGCACUCAACUACUACAGCUACUACUACUACUACUACUACUACUACUACUACUACUACUACUACUACUACUACUACUACUACUACUACUGUUGCUGCUGCUCAUGCAGAACCCAUCUCCUCAACGGCGCUCUCGCGUACCUGCCGGUGUCGAGGAGCGUUCAGCAAACAGCUUGACGGCGACUUCGUGAACGCGUCAAGCACCGUCGUUCGUUCAUCGACCGCGUGCAAGAAAGCAGCGGCGGCGACGGCGGCGCCAAGCGUACUCGGGACGUCGCAGACUCCCGCGACGUCUGGCCUCUCGUGGCCAUGA